GACAACGAGGGGGUUAGGCUUCGGUACUACUACCGUGCCUGCACAUUUCCCCGAAAUUAUCAUUCCGUACCUUUAGCAUUCAUACAUAUUCAACUUCUUUUUCAUUCCAUUUCUAUUUCUACAUUAUUGCCUUUUGACCCAUCGCUUCCAUUUUUCUUUUUUUCUUUUUUUUCCUUUCUUUCAAGUUCAACGUUUUUUGCAAACCAUAUUUGCCCUUUAAAACAUAACUAAUUGAAUAAGCCAUCAUCGUUAUCAUCAUCACAUUCCCAUGUCUCCCUUCUUUUUCCAAACGUCCCCACUCCCUUCUCCCUUCCAAAAAACCUCUUUCUUUCUCUCUUUGAAGAUUUUCUCUACUUAAUUUUCUUUUUGUCUCACAAAAACAAAAAGCCCACAAGUUUUCUUAUAUUUUUUUCUUCUCUUGAAUAUGAAUUGGUGACCAUUGAGAGGAGUUUUUCUUUUUUUUUUGUUAAAUAAAGAAUUAUAUAGCUUUCUGCCCGAUCCGACCCGAAAAUGCCCAUGGAUCGAACCCUACAAUCGGAGAGCAUGAGAUCGCCGACCGUGCUAUCAAUCGAAUGUCUAAAAGGGAGCUCAAAAGCCGACGAAUGGACCGGAGACAUGCUCCAGACUGGGGAUAUUGUUGAGGAGAUUCGAAUAGGAUCUGGCUCUGGACUCACCCAUAAGGCACCUUUCAAAGGCGGCAAGAGCGGAGUCCAGAAGAUUCUUUACAGCUCCUAUAAGAAUAAGGAGACCUCGAUUCUCGUCCGAGUUAGGCGAGGCAGCGACGAGUUCGCUCAGCUGCAAGCGUGUAUCGUGCCUAACGAGUCUGGCGGGAAAAAGCAAUAUAUGUUGAGGUCUAUAGCCGAUCCCAAUUACGCUGUCGGGUUUUCUGAUCGCUCUGAGUCCGAGUGCUUCGAGUUGCAAGCUUCAAGAAACUCCAGGAUGGUCAGUGAACUAUCAAGGACAAGGCUUCAGGAUGGAUAUGUCUCAUAUCCAUGGGAGAGGAGGAUGCUGGAGGUACUAUCAGUUCCAAACUCAAGUUGUUUUCUUUCUAUUCUCCUCCUUCCAAAAGCUUCAGAUAGAGUGGCCUCUCGAUACAAUGACUUGGAGGAUACCCUUGCUCGAGCAAAUGCUUGGCUUAUUGCAUCUCAGGCCUCUGGGGUCCCCAUUGUUUUCAUGAAUAUCCAGAGUGAAUCCUUGCUUACUAAGAUUUCCGGAGAGACAGCCUCAGCUACUGUAAAUGCUGGGUCAUUAUCUGAUUUAUCAAACCUAGCCAAUGCAAGCCUAUAUGGUUUUGAGGACUACCAUGGGGUUGACAUUGGAGUUGUUCGAGCAGUUCGUCUAUGGUAUGCCCCGCUUGUGGGAGAAAUUGCAAUUGAGAUCAAACUAAAAGAAGAUGACACAAAGCUUGGUUUUGCCAUCAGCCGCACAGAAGAGGGUUUCAUCUAUAUAUCAUCUGUUAUUGAUGGUGAUGAAAAUCUGCCUUCAACAAGAUCGGGACUCAGCACUCUAUACAAAGAAUCAGUGAGUGCAUCUAGGCUGCUGGUUGUCUCAAGAUUAUCAAAUCAGAAGGUUCUUCCAUGGAUGGUUUCUUCAACAGGAGCUGUUCGAUGCUUUGAUACUGUUUCCCUAAGUCAGAAGCUCUCGCUACACCGGCAUGCCAAUGUGCCAAUUCUAAUGCAUGUCUUCUUGUGGGAUCAAUCAUUGGUUUCCCAAGGUUUUGGCAAUGCCAGGCUUAGGGUUCCUUCUCCGUCAGUGUUACCAUUGCCACCCGAAGUUAGAUUAGCCCACCAACCUAAUGACAAUCAAAUAGUGCCUCUGCCACCUGAAGAACCAAAUGAGAGCAUAGCCACAAGCGAGCAGCCAGAUCGCAGACUACAGAGAGACACUGCUGGGGAGGUCUCCUUUAGAUUUCAUGAUUUUUCACUUCCUAACAACUGGGUGUGAUUUUUGUACCUCCUAUGAUGAUUCUAUGCUUCAUGGUGUAUAUAUCAAAAAAUUUUACGGGAAGCUGUGUCCUUUGAUCGAAGCUAGUUACAAUUAGAUAGCUUGAUCUAGAAAAUCCACUGAACUCGUAUAUAUAUAUAGCUUACACAUCAUGAUUAGAAAUUGAUACAUGGUUUUUGGAUGUACUUUUACAUUGUUGGUGUGUAUAAUACAGGAACUUUGUGGCA